UCACACUCCUCUCUGCCUUUCCUUUUUAAUAAAAAAUAUCAGCAUCUCCUUCUCCUCCCUUCCACUCGAAGCACUCUCUAUAAACUACACACAUUGCCCACCGCCCCUUUCCUUCUUCCUCUCAAACUGCUUUAUGCUCUGGCCUUCAAGAACCGCGCGGAGCCCCACCGGAAUCAUGAAGAGUGGCGCGAUUGUCGAAGAAGGAUUCGUCUACCAAGAAGAAACCCAUCUCACUGUCCUUAAAACCUCCCUCUUUUUCGCCGGCGAUGGCUUUACUGCUUAUGAUCCGAAAGGCGAACUCGUCUUCCGUGUAGACUCCUACGGCCCAGACGCCGGCGACUCCGGUGAGCUUGUCCUCAUGGACGCCUCCGGCAGAUGCAUCCUCACCGUCCGCCGUAAGAGGCCGAGCCUGCACCAGAGGUGGGAAGGGUUCGUCGGCGAGGGAACCGAGGGGAAAAAGCCGCUCUUCAGCGUGCGUAGAUCCUCGAUAAUCGGACGUUCCAGCAUGACGGUUGAGGUGUACAGCAACCCAGGCGAGGAGUACCAGAUCGAGGGCUCCUUCGCUUGCCGGAACUGCACCAUCUUCAACACGGAGAAAGAGGCGGUAGCUGAGAUCCGACGCAAGGUGGACGCUUCGAGCAAUGUGGUGCUGGGAAAAGACGUUUUCUUGCUGUCUCUAAAAGCGGGGUUCGACGGCGCGUUCGCGAUGGGGCUAGUUCUAGUCCUGGAUCAGAUUCACGGUGCGGACGAUGACGGGGAGGCUGAGAACUGGAGCCGUGUUGGUGUGGACCCCAGCAAUGAGGACGCCAAUUUCUCUCCUUAGGCUUCAUUUUUAUUUUUAUUUUCUUUAAUUUUGUUAUUAUGUAAACUCUUUCUUUUGUUUGGGCCUUUGAUAGUGUGAUAAAGACAUGAAUGCUUGAUGAAAUACUCUUGUAAAUUAUUUAUUUUC